AUGCUCAAAGAGCUACAUUGGUCACUGUCCCCACUGACGUCCAUACACUGGCUCAGCAUGUAUAUGCAGUUUUUGGGGAAUAAAGAGGCUGUGAAGAAUGAUGGAGAUAAACACGUAGUUGACCAGCCAUUCAUAGUUCCAGAUACACUCAGAGAGGACUUCAUGAAUAUGGCUAGGGUACUCGACUUAGUUCUCCUAGAUGUCGAGUCGCUAAAGUAUUCUUAUCGUCAACUUGCUGCUGCAGUUCUUUUCGCUUGCUAUGAACCUCACUCGCUUGUGCAAGAGGUGACAGGUUUGUAGCA